AACUUUGAUGAGCCUCAUAAAGGUGUAAAAACAGCAGGUGUUUGGUAGCUUCCCUCCAAUAAUAUGAGCAUUGAUCACAGCCAUUGUGCUCAAUAUAAUAUACAGUACGAUAUGAUGCACUCAUACUGGGGGUUUGCUUUAGAAAGCAAAGUUAUUAACAGUCCCCCCUACUGGUAGGAUUUGUGAAAAAUCACAUUCAAAAUGAACAAAGAGCAUUUUGCAUUUCCUCAAUGUUGCUUUAUCAACUUUGCCAGAACAGCAAAUUUUGAGUCGACAAGGCUUCUUUGAACAAGAAUUGCCAUUUAAAAAGCAAUCAAACUUGUAAAGACUUCUCACACUCAAUGAACCCUGAAUGAGUUUCAUUUUAACUGGAUUCCAUCCAGUCGCAUAUAAUUAGUUUAAUGUUGCCCUUGACGUCAUAUAUCAGGUUCAGCCAUCUGUGAAAUCUGGCAGAUAAAAGUUGUAGUUUAUCCACAAGUUGUUGUUUUUCUUCCUUCUUUAACCUCAUACUUUACUUCCUUCGGUGCUGUAAUGUAGCGCUGCAAUAGUGUUGUAGUCCACAGAGGUGGAAAAACAAGGAAAUGCCGGUGUCAGACAGACUCAGGCACGGCAAGGAUGGCUCUUCGGACUGCUGGGAGUCGCUUGUGGCACUUGCAGAGGAAUAAUUUCAAGACGGUCUCCAUCCAAACACUUGGAUAUGUCAAAUUCAAAAGAACCUGUCCUGUUGAAGUGAGCCAUCUGGAUCAUUUGGUGCUAACAGUGAAAAGUGUUCCAGACACCGUCAACUUUUACACCACAGCUCUGGGCAUGGAGGUCAUCACUUUCAAGGGAAACCGUAAAGCCCUGGGGUUUGGGAAACAGAAGUUUAACCUACACCAGCUGGGCCAGGAGUUUGAGCCUAAAGCCAAGCAUCCAACCUCCGGCUCUGCAGACCUGUGUCUCAUCACUAAAACCCCUCUGGCUACAGUAGCUGCACAUCUGAAGGUCUGUGGAAUCCAGAUAGAGGAGGGUCCAGUGGAGAGGAGUGGAGCUGUGGGGACGAUCACCUCCCUGUACUUCAGAGAUCCAGACCACAAUCUCAUCGAAGUGUCAAACUAUAACCAGCCAACAUCAGAAGGGUCAUUUUAGGACUAUGUGUACAUGCAUUUAAUCACUGCACUUACUGUUGGACCCACUUUGCACAAGUAGUGUUCAGCUAUGAAGUUUGCGACCAAAAUUGCUGUAGUUCAGACCUGAUUUAGACUGGAGUAGAUAACAUCAGUUGGCUUUGCAAAGACAGAGUUCCUAUGUAGUUCUGCUGACUAGUGGCUGCUGUUUUAAUGAUGUGUGAAAAAGGCUACAUUUUUUUAUAUUAGUACAUUUAAUUCAGCAUGAAAAGUGAAAAAUUCAACAGCUGAAAAAGUUUUGUUAUAAAGUAUAAUCAAAUGGGUGUGUAAGAAGUUAUAAGAAACAUUUCUUUUUCAGCUGAAAAUAAAAGGUUCUUCCAUCUGCUAAAGGCUCUGGUCUUUUUUGUUUUUUUUGCUUUUUUGACACAAUUUAUGCAGUUUUUUUAGAUUACAUUAGCCUUCAUGUCAUUAUGGGUUUAUAUUUUAUCAGUGCCUAAGCCACUUAUGUCACAGACAUGUGGCACACUGUAGUCUUCAGACAUCUGUGGUUGCACUUCUAUUGUGUUGUUGUUUGCAGUGGGUGGAAAGAAAACACCCCUGAUUCACAUUUAUUGUUGUUGAAUUCUUUCCUUUGUUGCUGACCGUAACCCAGUCCAAAAGCCACAAGGUAAUGUUACACUUUAACAUCAUA